GACGGGCAUGUGUUCUGGGAUAGUCAGUUUAUAUUGGGAGUGGAGCGGGCAAUGUGUCCUGCGUUGGUCCUGUGCUACACUUUGCCAGUUGAGCGUUGGUCCUGUGCUACACCUCACCACCUGAGCGCUUGGUCCUCCACUACACCUCACCACCUGAGCGCUGGACCUCCACUACACCUCACCACCUGAGUGUUGGUCCUCCACAACACCUCACCACCUGAGUGUUGGUCCUCCACUACACCUCGCCACCUGAGCGCUGGACCUCCACUACACCUCACCACCUGAGCGCUGGACCUCGGGUAUUCAGCAGUUGAGAAAGCGAAUACACAGUAAUGAAGUUGGCGCCGUUGUGUGUGUUGGUGGCGGCUAUGGCAGGGGUCGCCGCGGGGGAGUUGGCGCCCCCUGAGAGAACCUACAAGAUCCUCAUGCUCCUCCCCGUCUCUACCAAGAGCCACAGGAACGUCUUCAUGCCCAUCGCCGAGGCUCUGGCCGACCGUGGACACGAGAUUGUGAUGUUGACCAACCACCCGAAGUCAUCAAAACAUCCCAACAUCCACGAGGUCACACACGGACUCCGUUACUUCAGUGAGAUGAGUGUAAACAUGUUUGAUUAUGUUAAUGACCGGACAGGAUGCUUCCAGAUGUUUGAGGGCAUCCUUCCAGACAUUGCCAGGGAACUGUACAAAGUUCCUGUGGUGAAGGACCUUUAUGAAAGAAGGAAGGAGUUUGAUCUCAUCAUGGUGGAUCAUGAGUUCAAUGAGGUGGCGUACCCGUUCGUGCACGAGGCUGCCUUCGUCAUGGUCACUACGCCAGCGCUGGACUACCGCCAGAGCGCCGUCCUGGGCAACGUCCUCAGCCCAGCCUAUGUUCCCAACCACAUGAUGGAUUACCCACAUCCCUACUCCUUCUGGCACCGCUUCCACAACAUGAUGAUUCAAAUUGGAAUUGCGAUUUAUUGGAGGAAUUGGGCCAUCGUGCCACCAAUACAGAAAGAGAUCUCUGCGCAGUUCCCGGAUCUUCCGCCGCUGUUGGACCUGGAGAGGAAUAUGAGUCUGGCGCUGAUCAACACCCACUUUAGCAUCAGCAUGCCACUGCCCCUCCUGCCAUCAGAGGUGGAGGUGGGCGGCAUGCACUGUCGACCCGCCAGCCCUCUGCCCCAGGAGCUGGAGUCGUGGAUCACUGAGGCAGGAGCUGCUGGUGUCAUCUACUUCAGUUUGGGCUCCUUUACGCAAAGCACCGACAUGCCACUCCAGUACCGCGAUCUCCUCGUCCAGGCCUUCCGCAGGCUGCCACAGCGCGUCCUCUGGAAAUACGAGGGGACGCUGGAGGACCUCCCUGACAACGUGUUGCUCAGCAAGUGGCUCCCCCAGCAGGAUAUUCUUGGCCACGACAACGUGAAGGUGUUCAUCACCCACUGUGGUCUCUUGGGCCUGCAGGAGGCCAUCUACCACGCCACGCCACUCCUCGCCCUCCCCAUCUUCUCCGAGCAGCCCAGGAACGCUAUGGUUGUGAAGAGAUCUGGACUGGGACACUUACUGCAGUGGGAGGAGCUCACUGUGGACUUGGUGGUCGACGCUCUCACCGAUAUUAUUAACAACCCGAAGUAUAAAGAAAAUGCAAUGAGGAUGUCAGCGGGGAUGAGGGACCAGCCGACGUCGCCCAGGGACCGGGCGGUGUUCUGGACGGAGUACGUCAUCCGCCACCGUGGGGCGCCCCAGCUGAGGUCCCCGGCGGCACAGCUCUCCUGGGUGGAGUUCCUCAUGCUCGACGUCCUGCUCCUCCUCCACCUGGCUCUCUUCCUUCUCGUCUUCAUCCUACGUCGCAUCUUCAGGGUCAUCGCUGCUAAAGCACUUGGUAGUGGCAUUAACAAAAUGAAGAAGGAAUAGGAAUGUUUUAAUCUAUUGGAAUCUAUCAUUACUGUAGGACCGAGAUCGUCACAGCCCGCUUUCACCCGAGGGGCCGGCGGUUACUCAUAUGUCAGUGAGUACAUGUAUAUAUUAGGGUCCCGGUAGUAUAGUCGGGUUCGUUGUCGACUCACAAUGAAAAAUUCCAGAUUUCAAUUCAGAAAAUGGUUGGGCGCCUUUACUAUCACCUAAUACGCCUAUUCACCUAGCAACAAAUAGGUACCCAGGGGUUAAUGUGCUUGUUGUGAGGUUGCAUCCUGGGUGGGGUUAGUAACUCUACCAUGAGAGGGACCUCGAUAUAAGCAUUACAUGUAUAAAUUCACUGGCUGCCUGUCUCCCGACACAACGAAUAAUUAUUAAAUUAUCGAGGAGGCCGAGGUGAAUUACCGGGCGUACUUGUGUGUGUGUGUGGGGUACAGAGUGUGUGGGGUACAGAGUGUGUGGGGUACAGUGUGUGUGGGGUACAGAGUGUGUGGGGUAGACUGCUGAAGAACAGUGUCGUCUGGCGUGAGA